AUGUACUCCAUUGUAGCACAGCUCAUGUCCCGCCCCCAAUAUCUGUAUAAUCUGAGCGGCAUCGAGCACUUCAGGGAACGUUCAGACUUAGCCAUGAACGACUUCUUGCUACGCGAAUCUCAGCCAGUAGCCUUUCGGGCCUCUUAUUCUCUGCAUGCAUCCUACCAGUCUUCUGCGGAGGAAGACGGAAAGGAGCCAUGGGCAGUAGCACCAAAAGCUUCAGAGGACACGCUACUGUAUGAUGAGAUGUAUCGAGAGCACAAGCUACACGCACCGACAGACCCUGCGUCGGUCAUUAUUCAUAGACCCCAUUCCUUCGGCAAAGGUGUUCCCGCGCAGCUUGUGCCCCCCCACCCGCUUGAACCCCCAAAGUCGAAUCAGCAAAAGAAUCUCACCACUGUGGAACAGAAGAAGACCAUUGGAAUUAGCCUUUAUGCGCCAAUCACCUGCUCUGCGGCUCCGAAGCUCAACAAGUCGUCCCAGUCCGUAUUACCAUGUCAACAAAACCAUGAGGCGCUGCUUGAAACGAUAAAACAAACAGAAAAAAUCCAAGGGGUUUUCGACUUUAGAGUUCAAGUUGAAGUACUCCAGUUAGUCGAAAAAGCGGCAGGACAUGUUUCCCAGGCGACGCGCCUUCGCCCUGUUUUGUUCUUUCUUCAUGGCGGAGGCUUAGUGUCUCUGUCCAGUGCAGCUUACGAUAAGCUGCUGCGGCGGAUGGCUAACCUCAUGGGCGAAGCUGACGGCCUCGUCAUAUCUGUUGACUACAGGCUGGCACCAGAACACAAGUUCCCCAUUCCGAUGGAAGAUUGCCUCUUUGCAAUUAGCUUCGUUAUUCAGCAUGCAGAGGCCUACGGUAUAGAUCGCAAAAAAAUUGCAAUGAUUGGCGACAGCGCGGGUGGCGCUUUGGUCGCCUCAGUUUUGGGUGAAGGCUUGCGGCUGCCUCAGAAGUACCCGUGGAUUCAUGACGUCCAGCACGCCUCUCUGAUUUAUCCAUCUCUUUGCCGAGGAUGCCCUACGCGGAGCCAUCUGUUGUAUGGCAACAAAAAUUCCUUGAGUAACGAUAUUUGGUUCGGUCUCGCGCACACACAAACUCUUGGUCCUGCGCUGGACUGGCGCCAAACUCCAUUUUCCAUUCCGUCAAAGAUCCUUUCACAGUUCCCUCCAACAAGUCUUGUCUUGUUCACGCAUGAUAUCCAAUACGAAAUCGGCAUUCUCUUCCAUGAAAGACUCCGCAGGGCUGGAGUAUCGACCAGUUUAUUUGUGGCACCCGGAAUGCAUGCUUUCUUUGGUUCUGAUGCGUGGAGCUCGUUUGGCACAAAGACAGUCGAGUGGGCCAUCGGACGAAUUUUGGAUGGAUUUUUGCGCCCCCAUGGGAAAGGAGAAAGCAAAGGAACACAAAAAGAGCACAGCAAGAGGCAGCAAGAUGAAACCCAGAAGCAGACUCUGUGA